AUGGGGAAGCUUUUUAAGAAGCAUGUAGGAGUUGUAGUUGUGGUGUUUGUGUUGGUGUUAGGGUUAGUUGAAUGUCGAACAUUUCAAAAGGAUAAAUUUACUAUCAAACAUGGAGGUGGCUUAGGUGGUGAUGGAGGCAUUGGAGGAGGGGUCGGUGGAGGCGGUGGUGUUGGUGGAGGAGUUGGUGGUGGUGUUGGUGGUGGAGGUGGUGCCGGAGGAGGACUUGGUGGUGGAGGUGGUGCUGGAGGAGGACUUGGUGGUGGUGGCGGAAUUGGAGGAGGUAAAGGCGGAGGAGUAGGAGGUGGUGCUGGAGGAGGACUCGGUGGUGGUGCUGGUGGCGGAGUUGGAGGAGGUCAAGGUGGGGGAGUAGGAGGUGGUGCCGGACUCGGUGGUGGAGGUGGUGUUGGAGGGGGACUCGGUGGUGGCGCUGGUGGCGGAGUUGGAGGAGGUAAAGGUGGGGGAGUAGGAGGUGGUGCCGGAGGGGGACUCGGUGGUGGAGGUGGUGCUGGAGGGGGACUCGGUGGUGGUGCUGGUGGCGGAGUUGGAGGAGGUAAAGGUGGGGGAGUAGGAGGUGGUGCCGGAGGAGGACUUGGUGGUGGAGGUGGUGCUGGAGGAGGAGUUGGUGGUGGUGGUGGAAUUGGAGGAGGUAAAGGCGGAGGAGUAGGAGGUGGUGCUGGAGGAGGACUCGGUGGUGGAGGAGGACUCGGUGGUGGUGCUGGUGGCGGAGUUGGAGGAGGUAAAGGUGGGGGAGUAGGAGGUGGUGCCGGAGGAGGACUCGGUGGUGGAGGUGGUGCUGGAGGGGGACUUGGUGGUGGCGCUGGUGGCGGAGUUGGAGGAGGUAAAGGUGGUGGAGUAGGAGGUGGUGCUGGAGGUGGUGCUGGUGGCGGAAUAGGAGGAGGCAAAGGUGGGGGAGGGGGAGGAGGUGCCGGAGGUGGAGGUGGCGUUGGUGGUGGAGGCGGAAUUGGAGGAGGCAAAGGUGGGGGAGUGGGAGGUGGUGUUGGAGGUGGAGGUGGUGCUGGAGGAGGAGGUGGUGGUGGAGCUGGAGGUGGUGUUGGUGGUGGACUUGGAGGUGGUAAAGGUGGAGGAAUAGGAGGUGGUGCUGGUGGAGGAGUAGGGGGAGGAGGUGGAGUUGGAGGUGGUGCUGGUGGUGGUGGAGGAGUAGGGGGAGGAGGUGGAGUUGGAGGUGGUGCAGGUGGUGGUGGAGGACUAGGCGGAGGUGGUGGAGUUGGAGGUGGUGCAGGUGGUGGUGGAGGUCUUGGAGGCGGUGCAGGUGGUGGCAUUGGAGGAGGAGGAGGUUUUGGCGGUGGUGCUGGUGGAGGAAUCGGUGGCCACCAUUAA